AUGAGCUACAAUGGGUUAUCAACGACUUUUGCAAACUCUUCAUGGUCAUUUGUUGAUAAUGUUCCGACCACUGAGGAACCGUCUCCUGCCCCUCCUGAAAUUGUGGCCACUGAUCCUCCAAAUCCUGAAAGUGCGCUCAAACAGGCGAUCAGCACAUGCGAUAUUAUGUCGAACGUAUUUCGGCAUAUGGCCUCCAAUCCUGUAUCCGAUUCAGACGAACAAACGUCUAUGUCCAGGAGAAGCCUCAUUCUUGCUGCUCAAACCUGCCGCGCCUUUGCAGAGCCUGCCCUCGACUCUCUGUGGGCCGUCAUACCGUCCUUGGUGCCGCUUCUGUUGUUGCUCCCCUCGCUCAAAAAGGUCAACGACAAACUUGUCCUCGGAGAUAUCGCGCCUCAGGACUGGGAGCGGUUUGACCUUCACGCCCGGCGUGUGAGAGUGAUUCUCAUGAAAAAACCCCAUUCACCGGUUUCGCCUUACGUCUACCUUCGAAUUCCUUAUCACAAAACCAACGCUCUUCUCCCAGGGCUGAAGGAGGUCCGAAUUGCCCACCUGACCAAUCACGACAGUAUCGACCCGUCAGGUCUUUUCACUGUUCUCACUCCUGACGUUAGCCUCGUGGAGUUGAACGAAAACGCGGUCCGAGACAGUGAAUUUUUUGGCACCUUUCUCUCUUUCACCAUCGUCAAAGCGCCGAAACUCCAGCACAUGAUCUUACGUGGAGACUCCUCUGUUGAUGAUAAGCUCAACUCCAUCCUCCAGUUCAAGGAUCUCAAAACGGUCGAGUUAUCUCUGCCGAACGUUUUUCUACCCGUGGAGUUUAUUCAGGAGCUGGGUAACCUUGAGUACCUCUACGAUUUGACACUCGACACGGGAAAACGUCCAAAAGUGCCAUUAUUUGGUCACUCGGCCUAUGUCGCAGGACAAGGGAGGAAGACAAGAAAAGGACAGAGAUCAUCUCCUAGUGUUCCUCGUCCAGUUUACCGGGCCUUUUCGAAGCUGCGCCGGUUACACUUGGUUGGGAAUUUGGAAUCGUUGGCACGAACGAUGAUAUAUAUGAAGCUCGAUUCGCUUGCCUAUUUCAGUCUAGAGGAGAGGCAAGACGGACCGACCCUGUCGGAAGCACCGACAUUGUGGGCGCACUGCUUUAGCGUUCUUUCUUCCACUGCCACUCAUUCACUCAAAACUAUAAAAAUCACUCACUCCACCGACAGCUAUAGCUCCCAUCGACUCUCCGCUACGUUGAUCUCACCCCUCCUCCAAAUCAAGAGCAUCGAAAACCUCGAAAUAACCGCCACUACGCUUUCGUUGAAUGACCCUGAGCUCCAACAGAUGCUGGGCGUUUUCACCAAGCUCAAAGUGCUCAUCCUCCCGGCCCUUUGCCAUGAUCAUUCCCCUACACUUCGCCCCCUCUUCCGCCCCCUUGAAAUAUGCCCAGUCCUUCAGGAAAUCAGUCUUUGCGUUGGCAACACGCAUAACUACGCCGACGUCGAGAUACCCAGAGGCGAUGGACAUCAAGCCCUUCGCAAACUGCGCAUCAGCUCCUCAUUUGGAUCACUCACCGACACCCAAGUGAUACGCCUUGCGCGUCUCUUCGAUCGCGCGUUCCCAAAUUUGGAGAUAAUUGAAGGGUACGGACCGCAGGAGUACAACGAGAGCUGGAAAAGGGUGCAAGAAUUUCGUCAGGCGGUGCAAGAGAUCAGAAGGGAGUUGGAGAGAGAUAAGUACCUGAUAUUGAGAGAAUUCGAAUAUGAGUUUGCGUAUAAGACAUGUACUAUAGCAUGA